AUGGACAUUAAAACAAAUAAUUGUUUAUGUUGUGCUGCUGGAAAUGAAACUAAUUGUAAAUGUUUUACAACAUCAGGAUGCUGUAAAUGUUGUGGUGGAUGUGACUGUGAAAAAAACAGAAUUUGUAAGAAAUUCAGAUUAAAUCAAUGUUCAUGUUGUAAUUCAUGCAAUUGUUGUGGAAAAAAAAUUUGUGAAUGUUGUAAACCAAAUAACCUUUGCAACUGUGAUUCCUGUAAAUGUUGCAGUAACAUAAAAAUUGAAGAAAAGAAGGAAAAAAUUUGCGAACAAUGUUAA